ACCAGAAAGAAUUGGUUAGAAAAGAACAAGUGACGUCAAAAGAAGUCGCGUGAUCGUUCUCGAGGCUACGGACUGGUCAGAGGUAUCUCUUAUAACAGUGGUCUUUGUCAAAAAUCCAACUCAAACCAACGAUAUUUUAUCAUUUUAACGAAACAUUUAUAAUUGAUCAUAUUUUCUUGAAAAAAUAUACUUUAUUUGUAAAACAAAAAUUUAAUAGUUUUUAUGAAAAUCAAAAAGCAUUUGAAAUUUAUUUUACAAAAGAAAACGGAUCCACUUAAUGAGAAUUACUGGUAAAACGAUUUCCCCGCACUACAAUUUGUACGUAAUAAUAAUCGCUAUAAGAUUUAAGGAAUAUGCGUUGCGCGGCGCGUACUAAUGUUCGGAUUUUUCCAAUGAACGGUAGCUAUUUUACAAUAAUACAAAAUUUAGUAUAUGAUGACAUAUUAUAAAUAUAAAUUAUAGAAUGAAGCUGCAGUGACAGUGGAAUUAACGUAACAAAUUUUUAUGCGUGUUUAAUGAGUGGCAUAUACCAAAUGUACUCUGAUUUGAUGAAAUUGAGAUUCAAUUUUUUUUUUUUAAUAAAUAAACAUUAGUGAAAUAGGUGUAUAUAAAAGUAGUAUAUAAAAAUAUAGUGCUGAUUGGAAAAGGAAUAUCUACAUGGUGUCAUAGGAUGACUGAUCCGAAAAUCGAAAUGCAUUACACACCACCAAGUUCGGAUACUAUUCAAACAAAACCUUUUCCUAUUCGUGGCGAACGAGCUAAUUUUGUAAAUAAACCGCAUGUGAUUGCUAUGGUAGGAUUGCCUGCACGUGGCAAGACGUAUAUUUCAAAAAAAUUAUGCAGAUAUCUCAAUUGGAUCGGUAUAAGUACAAAGGUGUUCAAUUUAGGGGAAUAUAGACGACAUGCAACUACUGCUUAUCAAUGCCAUGAAUUUUUCCGUCCUGAUAAUAUUAAGGCAAUGGCAAUACGUACUCAGUGUGCAAUGGAUGCCCUUAAAGAUGUUUGCCAAUGGUUGGAAAGUGGAGACGGAGAAGUGGCUGUAUUUGAUGCCACCAAUUCCACUAUCGAAAGACGACAACUUAUUAGAAACAUUGUAGUUGAGAAAAUGGGAUUUAAACUUUUUUUUGUCGAGUCUGUUUGUAACGAUCCUGAAAUUGUUGAACAAAAUAUCAUGGAAGUAAAAGUGAGUAGUCCAGAUUAUGCAAAUAUGAAUAAAGAAGAAGUAUUGGCAGACUUCAUGCUGCGAAUUGAACAUUAUCAAGAAAAAUAUCAACCCCUGGAUGAAGCUCAAGAAAGCGACCUUUCUUUUAUGAAAAUUUACAACACUGGCGAAAAAGUGCUAGUCCAUAAACAUGAAGGUCAUAUACAAAGUAGGAUAGUUUAUUAUCUUAUGAAUAUCCAUAUAGUGCCACGUACAAUCUAUUUAACUAGGCACGGCGAAAGUGUGAUGAACCUUGAAAGUAAAAUAGGUGGAGAUUCAGAAUUAAGCGAAAGAGGUUGGGAAUAUGCCAAAGCAUUGUCUAGUUAUAUUACUAGCCAAGAUAUUCAGGGACUGCGAGUAUGGACUAGUUGGCUGAAGAGAACCAUUCAAACAGCAAGCGACGUGAAUGCGCCUCAAGAAAGGUGGAAGGCGCUAAACGAGAUUGAUGCAGGUAUUUGCGAAGAAAUGACAUAUGAAGAAAUUGCAGAAAAGUAUCCAACAGAUUUUGCUGCAAGAGAUCAAAAUAAAUUCUCUUAUCGUUAUCCAAGAGGGGAAAGCUAUGAAGAUUUGGUUGCACGACUAGAACCGGUAAUAAUGGAACUAGAACGACAAGGUAAUGUUCUAGUUGUUAGCCACCAAGCAGUUUUACGAUGUCUACUUGCUUACUUCCUAGACAAAAAUGCGGAUGAAUUACCAUAUUUACAAGUUCCAUUACAUACUAUUAUUAAAUUAACGCCUGUUGCUUAUGGUUGUAAAAUGGAACAUAUUCGAUUACCAAUUGAUGCAGUGGACACACAUCGACCAAAACCAAAGAAUGCCUGACUAUUAGUGGAUUGGGACUACUUUCUCUCGUAUCUAAUCUUAAUUUAAUAUCCUAAAAGUUAUUUAAUUUAAUAAGCUUUAUAAAUUAAAGAUUAUAUUGCAUGCAUUUUUUUAUUAGAUUAACAUGGAGAUUUAUUAGAUUAGAAUUGAGACGUCGUACCACUUCGUAAUUAUUACUAUUAGAGAUGUGCAAAUAUCUGAAUCAUGAAUA